GAAAUCAUCUGAAAGAUGGACUUUUGCAGGCUCUUUGGAUUCAAACUUCUUCCUCAGCUUUCUUCUCUUCUUCCUCAGUAUCAGUUCAUGGUUAUGUUUGCUCCUCCUACGUGGCCUCGUUUUCAUCUCCUCCUGUCUCAUCUGUCUGACAAGGGCUUCAGCCAACCCUUGUUCUUCCUCCUCAUCUCCUCCUCUUCUCCGAUCAGAUCACUUGUUUCCAGCAUGUCUGAGAGGAGGUUCUGUCAGGAGGACGACUGCUCCUCUCUCCUGUCUCGGCUUGGUUCCGACUCUCCUCGGCCUCGGAUGAAGUUUGGAGGAAUGUUCUGUAACGUUGAAGGAGCUUUUGAGAACAAAACUCUGAACUUUGAGUCAUUCAGUCCACAGACACAGAGACGUCGAACCGCUCCAACCCAAACCGGAGGUCAGGAUGGAGGAGACGCAGCAACUGGGAGGACGAUGGUGUUUCCAUCUGGAACCACACGGGAAAGCUACGGCAAGAGAGAGGGUGAUCGUCUAAUCAUCAAAGGAGGAAAGAUAGUAAAUGACGACCAGUCAUUCUACGCUGACAUUUACAUCGAGGAUGGAACCGUUAGGCAGAUCGGCGAAAACCUGAUCAUCCCCCCAGGUGUAAAGACAGUGGAUGCCUAUGGUCAGCUGGUGAUUCCUGGAGGAAUCGAUGCCAACACGAACCUGCACGUUCCUCAAAAAGGCCUGAACCCAGCUGAUGACUUCUACCAAGGAACCAGAGCUGCCUUGUGUGGAGGAACCACCACCAUCAUCGAUCACGUGCUUGUGGAGCCGGGAGUUAGUUUACUGUCAGCGUUUGAUCAGUCAAGGGAGACGGCGGAGCAGAGGGCAUGCUGUGACUUCUCCUUCCACCUGGACAUCACUCGAUGGCACGAAGGGCUGUAUGAGGAGCUGGAGACACUAGUCAAAGACCAAGGUGUAAACUCCUUCCUCUUCUUUAUGGCCUACAAAGACAAAUACCAGAGCUCAGACUCUCAGCUCUACGAGGCGUUCGGGGUUCUCCGGGACCUUGGUGCCAUCGCGCAAGUCCAUGCUGAGAACGGUGACAUCAUUGAUGAGGAGCAGAAGAAACUUCUAAGUCUUGGCAUAACUGGACCUGAAGGUCAUGUUUUAUCUCAUCCUGAAGAGGUGGAGACGGAGGCUGUUUAUCGAGCGAUCACCAUUGCGAAACAGGCCAACUGCCCGCUGUACAUUACCAAGGUGAUGAGUAAAUCUGCUGCUGAUGUCAUUGCCAAAGCCAGGAAGAAAGGUAUAGUCGUGUACGGAGAACCAAUCACAGCCAGUCUGGCCACUGAUGGCUCUCAAUAUUGGUCCAAAGACUGGGCUACGGCAGCGGCCUUUGUGAUGAGCCCACCCAUCAACCCGGACCCCUCUACACCCCAGUACCUGACCUCCCUGUUGGCAUGUGGUGACCUGCAAGUGACCUCCAGUGCUCAGGCUAGUUUCUCAACAGCUCAGAAAGCUGUCGGCAAGGAUGACUUCACACUGAUCCCAGAGGGAACCAACGGCAUAGAGGAGAGGCUGUCGGUGGUUUGGGACAGAGCUGUGUCUACAGGAAAAAUGGAUGAGAAUGAGUUUGUUGCAGUCACAAGCACCAACGCUGCAAAACUCUUCAACAUUUACCCACGAAAAGGACGGAUUGCUGUCGGAUCUGACGCAGAUAUCGUCAUCUGGAACCCUAAAGAGAUGAAAACUGUUUCUGCAACAACUCACAACCUGACCGUGGAAGUGAACAUCCUGGAAGGUUUGGAAUUUCGAGGCGUUCCGACAGUGGUGAUCAGUGGCGGUCAAGUUGUCGUGGAAGAUGGAAAACUUAGUGUGACUGAAGGUUCGGGGCGCUUCGUCCCAAGAAAGGCUUUUCCUGACUUUGUCUACAGGAGGAUCAAAGCUCGUAGCAAGAUGGCGGAGGCUCGCGGAGUUCCCCGUGGAAACUACGAUGGGCCGGUUCAUGAUGUCAUCAGUAUGACUAAAUCUGUCCCACCCACUCCAACCACCAGGGGGCCCACCUGUCCUAAAAUCGUAACUGGUCCUCGAAACCUUCACCAGUCAGGAUUCACCUUAGCAGGUGCUCAGAUUGAUGACCACAUACCUCGACGCUCUACUCAGAGGAUUGUGGCACCUCCUGGUGGACGAUCCAACAUUACAUCCUUAUCUUAGAACAGAGAAAAUGGGAAAUUCUUUUAGUACCACAAAAGUACUGAAUAGUCUGUCACAACAAAAUUUUAAUGGAGCCCUUCAAGAGCCAAACUAUUGAUAUAACCUGAUAGACACAACACAUUUAGGUCUGCUGUAACAAUGAAUGUGUCCCAGAGCUGAAAUCAAACCUUUUCUACACAAUUUAUCAGUCAGUAUCUGCACUUGUUCUUUAACCCCUUAAAUUUCCAGGUUUCAUGAACACAUUGGGCUUUUGGUCCAUGGGUGGGAUGCUGGAAUGCUACGGUGUUAGCAUUUAGUCCAGAUAUAAUGGUGUUCAUCCCCAAAGCAGGCAAGUUCCAAACCCUACGAUCACAAAUCCUUUAAUAGGACUGAGCACCGCUACAGUAAUACUAAAACAUCAUUACUACAGCUAAAUAACCCCUUUAUUGCAACACAUUGCCACACAGCACAGUAACAACACAGCUCAACAGCACAGGUACCAAUUCUAUAAACCAUGUGAUGCUAAAGCUCAAAGUAUUAUUUAGACAUUUUGUUAUAUGGUCCAGUUUGGAUCAGGACCACUCUGCAGAUCUUGGUGCAACAAAACCAAACGCGCUGAUUAUUGGGAACAAAAACUUCAAUGACAAAAAAAAAAACUGUUCAAGUCACAGCCCAUGAGAACUCGUACUAAUCCAACUGUGUCUUUUUGAAUUGCAGUGGCCUUUAAGAGAAGCACUGAUUAGUUUUUAGCAUUGGCUAACAGUAAUACACCCAAAUCUCCUGGAUGUCUUGGUUUAUAAAACCUGUUUUUGUAGAGAAUCUGAGGUCCACAGGUUUUAUAAAUUGUCAAGUGUCUGCUUGGCGUAACCCAGAAUCAGUAUAACUUAUAGUAUAAAAAACAAAUAGAAAAAAAGGUACCCUGUCAAUUUUAAUAUCAUCUUAAAGGAGACAUAUCAUGAAAAAUCCACUUUUUUUAGUCUUUAAAUACAAUGUGUUUUGUAUUCUAAGUCUCCUGGUGUGCAAAAAUAAUCAAACUAGUUACUUCAGGUGAUAAUUUGAAGUUCUAGAAUAAAGUUUAGCUAAAUGUAUGGUCAUUUGAUCCGCAUGCCUCUCUGAACUGCCCCUCACUUGCGUGUGCCUCACUCCUAACGCACGAGAGUUGGCAGUCCCGGAGCACAGCUGGGUGGACAAAUCUCCCCACAUGUUUUAAAAAUGCAAAUAUGUUUCUUUCUCUAUAAAACUACGAAACUGUGGAGGGGGGUAGGUUUGCAGCUCUUCAGAUUUAAAGAGACAGUACCAAAAUGGCUCAUUUUCACACUCUGCUCAGAAUAAGGGUGAAGGAGGGGUCUGUAGAGCAACAGGUAUUAGGAAAUCAGACCCAAGAAUGGCUCUUCCGUUAUAUUUGGACCCCAACUGAAUGAUUUAGUUAACGGAAGAACUUAAAAGCAUGAUAUGUCUCCUUUAAAACGAGUAUACUUCAGGGUGGAAUGUCGUUCAUCCAAUUCCAAAUGGAAAAAACUCAAACAAAAAAAAGGUCAAGCUAAAUAAAAAAAGUUAGAAAACGAUAGUGAGCAGUAAUGCUUAGCUCUGUUGACAUAUUUAUUUCUUCACAUAGAACAUCUUCUGCUUUUAUUAAACUCACUCACCCUUCUACACCACCACUUCAUUACGUAAUAAUAGUCGUUGUUACCACCAUUUGACAACUAAACCCCUCCCACUUCAGUUAAAAGUGAUUCCAUCCUGUUACAGCUGGUGACUCAUUUCCUGUCACAUCUUCUAAAUAGUUCACACUCAUCAGUCGUGUCAGCUGAAGCAUGCAUGUAAAUGAGUUCAAUCACAACCAAUAACGUUGCUCCGUUUGCAGCUGUCUUAUUACAGCUGACGAUGAAAGUUCUUCCCCUUUGAUCCCUUAAACCAUCCUGCUUGUCCUUAAUAACAGGUUAACUUCAUCUCCUAGAUAUUGAUGGUGCUAAUUAACACAACGGUAGCCUACCAGUAGCAAUCCUGUCUGAACUCAGAACAUCAUUCCAUCCUGUCAUUUAGAGUCAUCGACAUCAUGUGACCUAGCAGCUUUUCACGCCACAGCUGCAGUCACGUGUUUUUUUUUUAUUUUUAUUUAUAUGUUUUUUAAGAAUUCAUCUUCGUCCUGUAUUUAUAACACUUUUUAUAUCUUGAAUGUGACAAUGUAAGUGUUAGGAUUGUCGGUUAUGUUUACUCCCAGCACCGGUUCCUACUGAUGACCUCAGGUCGUUUCAGUCAUGCUCUUGUCUACGUGUUACAGAGCAGACUGAUAGCUCCAUCCACAUUAACCCUCCAACAGUCCCUUCCCAUUGUUGAGGGGAGGUAAGACAGAGAUGUGAAUUUUAAGUCCUUUUUCCACAGAUGUGAUCAGAAAAGGCUGACGUUUAUUCAGACUGAGGUCUUCAUCAGGAUGAUGUUGUGAUGCAAUCAUAACCCCUGACUGUAUAGAAACGAUGGGCGGAGCUGCCUUCUUUUACAGGUGAAGCCAACAAUAACAAAACUUAAAUAUUAUAAAGGCACUGGUGCCCACUGGAGGCAUCAGCCAUCUUUUUGUCUGGCUACCGUAACCAUGCCCACUUUUCUAUACAGUACUACAAGUAGCGUAGGUGUUGGCUUCCCUGUUCAUGCAGCACACAGCAGCCAUGUUGGUGUCCAAAUGUUCCUAUGGAAUCAAAUCAAGAUGGCGAAGACAACGUGAAGGAUGUGAGAAGUUACAGUCCAACAUGAGUGACACAUCCACAGAAUAAUUCCACUCUUGGCUUCCAACACGGCUGCUGAAUGGUUGCCGGUUGUCUCUGUCCUCACAGUAGCACUAGAGCAGAAAGAAAAAUGUGAAGUGUGUGUUCGGUAAUUAAACUGUGUUUAAGGAGGGUUACUAUGGCAACAGUGCAUCUGGUGUAGUUGUUUCUGUGGUGGCUCAAGCUUGUAGUUGCAUGAAUAAAUUGAAAAAAAAAAAAAAAAAAAACGG